AAGUGAGGGGAGUGAGUAAAAAAUCCGUCGCCAUCACAGCGACGGGAUCCUCGUUUCGACGUGAAAUCGUCGUUAUCGGCGACAAAGUGUAACAAAUAAUAAUCAAGAGGAGGUGAAAAGACUAUCAUUCAAAGCGGAUCAUAUCCGUUGUGUUUUUAAAUAUUUUAAAGUUUAUUUUUUGUAUCAGCAUAUCCGCUGUUUAUUGAAUAUUACUUCGACGAAGGUCGUGAUAAUUCGUAACUCCGUAAUCGAACAUGGCUUAUUGAAAAAAUGAAGGGUUUGCAGCAAAUAAUUGUUUCUCCCUUUGGAGAAGAGCUUAUCUCUCUUUGUAAUUCUACUACGUAUUUAAUUGACCUCAAGGUCAAAUUUUACUAUGGACAAAAAGUCAAGAUACAACACGCCGCCCUCUGGCAACAAGGGCACUGCUACUGAUUCUAAAAAAAGUCAAGAUGUCGCCAAUGGUAAAGUCUUCCCAAAGACCUCAAAAAAACGAGAAUCAACUGGAGCAAAUGGUUACUCUAAAAAUGAACAACCUAGAAAGUCAAGUGUGCAAAAGACAAGAAGUUUUGAUAAGAGACCAAAACCUAAAGGACAAUAUUAUGGCAGUCCAAAGGAGAAUACCAAGGUAGAUUAUAAUGAAAUAGCCGAGGUAGGCUCGGUUAUGACCCCAGGAAGUAAAAAACAGAAUUUGAAUCAUCUGUUAAACUUUCACUAUGAACCACGUGAAAAUCGCAGUAGCUAUGGAAGAUCGUCGAAGAAUUAUAAUAAUAGUAAUCGUUGGUUACCACCUGUUCAACGACAUAAAUAUAAUAAAGAAUUAUAUCUUCAAGCAAACUGUCAAUUUGUGGUGAACCGCGAUGGGAAUUAUUCGAUUCAUCUUAUUGAUCCAGACACUUUAGUGAAUUGGGAGUUGAUAGAACAAAUCAAAGUACAAACAUCGGAAAAUCUCUCCUGCCCCAUUUGUCUAGGCUUCCCAACAGCAGGAAGAAUGACACGUUGUGGUCAUGUUUAUUGUUGGCCAUGUAUUCUUCAUUAUCUCUCCCUAUCCGACAAAUCUUGGCGCAAGUGUCCAAUUUGCGAUGAAUCUAUACACAAAUUAGAUCUUAAAAGCGUUGUUCAAGUUACUCAAAAUUCUAUGAAUAUCGGUGAUACUAUAAAACUGCGUUUAAUGCGUCGCAAACGUGGUUCUUUACUUGCAAUACCAGUUGGUGAAAAUGAAACUUCAGAUCCAGAGACAUUUUUGUCGGUCUCACAACAUUCAUCAAAUCAAAUUUAUUCUAAAUUAUUGCUUGCUGAUUAUCAAGAUAUUUUGGAAAUAAUAAAAUUAGAUAAGUUGCAACUUGAAAUCGAAUUAAUGGAUGAUCCACAUUCAUCUGAAAGCUGUUUCAUUGAACAAGCACUUAAUGAACUUGCUUUAAGAGAAGAAAAUGUUUUAAAACAGUUGUUCCAAGGUCAUAAAGAAAAAAAUGUAACUGACGUAGAAAAAGUUAUUGACAUUGAAAAAAAAGAAAUUAUUGAUUUGAAGGAAAUUAGUGAAAAUCAAGAAAAAGAACAUCUCAUUGAAGAUACUAUCGCUUUCGAAAACACUAAAGAUAUAGAUCAAGUUUCAAAUCAUUCUCAAAGUAGUCAAAACUUGUCAAAAUUCUUUUACUUUUAUCAAGCUGAAGAUGGUCAGCAUGUAUAUCUUCAUGCAAUGAAUGUUAAAAUGUUGGAGUUACAAUAUGGCAAUCUAGAGCAUUGUCCUCAUUUUAUUGAAGGUAAACUCGUUGAAAGAGAAUCCGGAAGCUUUACUGAAGAUUUACGUAAACGAAUGCGGUAUCUAUGUCAUCUGCCGCUAACAUGUCCUUUUGAUGUUGUGGAAAUUGAAUUGAAAACACCAAUAAUUUCAUCUGAAGUACUUAAUAUCUUUAGUGAUCAACUUGAGGUCAGAAAAAGUCGACGCAAUCGCCGUGAACGUGAUGAGAAAAAACGUGAAAAAAAAAUAACAGCUGAAGAGAACAAACGAAUGGGACGAUAUCCAACCCCAAAUGUUCAUAUUGGUUCUCAUAAACAUUUUCCAGAAUGGCAUCCAGAAUCACAGUCUUCAAGCAUAAGUAUUCCAUCACCAUCAGAAUCCAUAGCAACGUCAAGUGUUGCUAGCAGCCCAAUUCACAAUUCAUUUGAGGAUGAUUCAACUUUAAUGCAACAGUUUUCUACUGAGGCAAUACAAUGUGAACCAGGUCCUUCAUUUGCACAGAUGCUACGAAGUGAAGGUUGCAAAAUUACUUCUUCCAGCACUUGGCCAUCUAUUGAUACUCAAGGAUCGUUAAAAAAUUUAGAAAUAGAAAAUUUACAACGAAAAGUUGUUGUUUCAAAUGAGGAUGAUUAUACUGAUAUGACAAUUCAGAACCAAAGUUUAGGCGAUGUUCUGGCACAAGCAUUAAAACAAUCAGAAAUGCUCGAAACUACAGUUGGGAAUACUGAAUUUGGAUCACGAAAAACUAAAAAGAAAAAACGAGGAAAACCAACAGUCCUCUUUACUUCUGGAAUGAAUCGAAAUUCAUAAUAUAUUUAUUACACUGACAAAUAAUUUUGGGAUUAUUCAACCAUGAUGCUCUUGAUUUUAAUAAUUUUUUUUUUCUUUUCAUUUUAGAUAAACCAUUGGCGAUUAAUGAUAAUAUAAAUAGAUGUAAUAUUAUAUUUAAACACUAUAUUUUUGAAAAAUUAUUUUUCAAUUUACUGUAAUAAUUAUAUACUAAAAAAAGCAUCAUAAUAAAUUGUGCAUUUUUGGUAUUUAUAUUGAAAGAUGUGAACGCAAAUAAUUAUUAA